AUGGUAGAAUAUAUGGAUAAACUCAAAUUACAAAGUAAGUUUCCUAAAGUAACCUCAUUUAAUCUUUAUUCAAAUACAGAUACAUUAAUACACAAUGAGAAUUGGAACUCCAUAAAUUUAACAGAAGUAGGGUACUAUUAUUGGGAUAGUGAAUUUAAUAAUUCUGGUAGAACUAUAGGAAGUAAUAUUGGUGUCCCAUUAACUCCAAUGGUAUACUCUGGAUCUUUGCAAUCAAUAAAGGCUGAAACAAUAAAUCAUCAGCCAAUAACUCCAAGUACAGAAUUUAUAUCCUCUUCAGUUGAUACAAGUCCAAGUUCUACACAUUAUGAUGAACCAUUUUUCGCAAAUUCUCUAUCUUCACUUAAAGUUCCCUUUCCAUCCUUAAAACAGGACUUGACUACUUGUAUUAGUAAUGAUUCUAGAAAUACUUCAGAAUUAGUUAAUCCAUUAGCCAGUAAUUGGAAUCCCAAUGAAUAUUUGUUGGUGAGUGAUUCUAAUAGAGAAUACAAGUCAGAUAAUCAUUCUGGAUUAAAUAUUGCAAGUGACUCUUCAUCUGGAUUAUCAAAUAAAGGGCAUUACAGUUAUUGUGAUACGGUUUAUACUCCUGAAUCUGGAAGUCAGAUAGUUAAUUGCGAUCAAUCUAUUUGUCCUGAUAGAUAUUCAGUAAUUCAAUCGUGUAUACCUCAAGACGUAAAUUUGGAAAGUGGAAAUUUUUACUCUUCAUCUAAAGUUUACUCAAAUUCAUAUAUGAAGAGUUGUACCUCAUAUGGAAAAUAUAUAUACUCUAAUGUACAAAAUUUUGCUUUUUAUAAAGUGGAUAAUGUUUCUCAUUGUAUUAAGAAACGGAAUAAAAAGUUAAAUCCAAAUGAAAGAAACUUUUACAUAGUAGAUUUCAUCUCUGAACUAUCCAGUAAUAUACAAUCACUAUAUUUAUCUGAACUAAAAAAAUCCCCAGAAAUGAUAUUUAUAUUAAAAGAAUAUUCUCUAGGAUCUCUUGCAAUGAGGAGAUCAGGAAGUUCAUGUCCAGCAGUUAUAAAGUGCUUCUUUCACAGUUAUAGAGAUGGAAUUUCUAGAUUACAAUGUAAAACAAGAAGGCAUGAGGGUAGACAUUUUUUAUUUAUAAUAAAUGAAACAAAACUUUCAAGACCAUGGGUUUUAUGCCCUAACAUUAAAUGCAUAAAGAGAUCAAAAAGUUCUGGAAAACUAAGGGGUAGAGUUAAAAUUUAUGAAUACUGUGUUGAAACGGAUUCAAUAGUUCUAUCACCAACUUUUCUUAAGUGUGCAAAUGGUUUCUUAACAGAAGAUUAUUAUUUGUGUGCAACUCUAUGUCCACAGCAGAAGUAUGCAGAUCAUGAAUCUAACUUCUGGGGCGAGGAUUCAGUAUCGGGAUUUGGCGGUAAUAAAAUUCAACAGAAUCUUGCAUGUGAUGCAGGGAAUGGAAGUGGCGGUUUAGUACUGUCAGAUUAUAUUUUAUUUUGUAACUCCAAACAUCAGUUUGUUGCAACAUUUAAAAAGUCUCAAUGUAUUAUUAAUAGUAAUGUCAAUUAUAAGGAGCAAGGUAAUUUGAAUAUUGGGACUGAUAAUAUAUCUUAUGGAAUGUAUGGCAGCCAUGUUGAACAAGCUCUUGUGAGAGUUAUGGAACAAGUCUUGAGAACAUUGGAGCAAAAAAGUGAGAAUAUAAUUUGUGAUACACAAAUUAAUGAAAAUAAUUCAUAUAGUAGUAACUUUAUUGAAACAUCAUUAGAUAAUAGCUAUGUACGGAAUUGUUGCAAAGUAGAUUAUUCAAAUUUAUAUACUACAAAUGAUAGUAUAACAAUGCAGAAUACGAAUAAUCAAUAUCAAGUAAAAGAUGUAAAUAGUGAUUGUAUGGAUAUAAGUUAUAUAGAUAAAGCAGAAAACUGUUCACUUCAUUACAUAAAUGAUGAUUUAAAUUCCAUUGUAAAUGAUGCCAGCUACCAUUAUAGUGUUAAUUUUGACCCACAAGAUGCUUUAGUAGUUGAAUCUUCGACUAAUUGGGUUCUAGAUAUAUUACUUAACAAAUGUUCAAAAACAAUAAAUAGUUCAAAUGUUGAGAAGAUAAUUUGUGAUCAAGAACAGGAAAAACAACAAAACCAAAACCAUUAUCAAGAAUUAGUUGUAAAACAAUGCAAUAGUUUAGCUAUGAUUCCCAAUUGUGAGGCUCAUAAAAUUAUGGAUGGAAUUUAUUCUAAUCAUUCUAUCUUUGAAAUAGGACAUGAACGACAACAAAUUGAUGGGAAUAUUGUAGUGCCAAUUUCUCCAAAUUAUGAUAUACACUAG